GCUAUUUCUCCACUUUCCUUUCCCUCUUUGCCCUUCACUCUGUAUUCUGUCCCUAGCUCGAUACCUCGACUCCAAAACUUCUUCUCAGGCACUACAUAUACAAAAACCAAACACACACACUCUCUCUCUCUCUCGGCGUAGAAAAUAUGUUGUUCUUCUCGUAUUUCAAGGACUUGGUGGGCAGAGAAGUAACCGUGGAGUUGAAGAAUGACCUUGCAAUCAGAGGGACUUUGCACUCAGUUGAUCAAUACCUCAAUAUCAAGCUUGAGAACACUAGGGUUGUUGACCAGGACAAGUAUCCCCACAUGCUUUCAGUGAGAAACUGUUUCAUCCGGGGGUCAGUGGUGAGAUACGUUCAACUACCUCCAGAGGGAGUUGACAUUGAACUGCUUCAUGAUGCAACAAGAAGAGAAGCUCGGGGUGGCUGAAUAUUGAUGUUGUUGUAUCCCAUGAACUCUUGAUUCAAGAUACUCAUGGAUGAAACUAUUUGUUGAAGAAAAUUAUGCAUUGUGAUAUGACUUAAGCUUUUCUUUUUCUCCUCUUAAGCAAGUUGCUAUGUUAACUUCUUACAUGUGCCUUGGAAUAGAUCUAUAUGUUCCUCAAUCCUAGAUUAUUCCUUUUUGAGUGAACAUAUAUACUAAUUUGAUUUCUGUAUGAGCAGGUUGCUAAUAUUACAUCUUACAUGUAAUGUUUAACAGAAAUAUGGCAGUUCAUUGAUAUUCAUGACUA